AUGAGCUACACCAGAGACUGGAGAGGCAGGAAGCUGCGGCUGCCUCUAGGGCUGGAGGAGCCCAAGCAGGAGGUUCCGGAGCCCAGCAGCACCAUGAUGGCUGGCCCCGCUGGAGGGGGCAGCUGCUAUUCAAAGAAAUCACUGAUGUGUUGUAGAAAGCAGCACGAGAACACUGGAGGCUACAGCUACCUGCUGAUGCUGCCACUGCUGGAUUUGGGGCCAUUAUUGGAUCCUGCAGCAGCUCCUGUCUUGGAGAUGUUGAGGCACUUGGAAAGACCUCCCCAGGUUUAUUUUCCUGUUGAGGACCUGCCUCUGGGCUCACCCCGCUGUAACCUGAAGGAGAAUCUGCUGAAGGAUAACUGUGCCCCGGAGUCCAUCGAGUUUCCUGUCAGUGAGGCCCAAGUCCUGGAGGCCAGACCUCUCAGUGACAAGGGUUCCGGAGAUGGCUCUCAGGUUACUCAAGUCAGUCCCCAGAGGAUUGCCCUCCGGCUACGGCCAGAUGACUCGAAGAAUUUCUCCAUCCAAGUGCGGCAGGUGGAGGAUUACCCUGUAGACAUCUACUACCUAAUGGACCUGUCUUACUCCAUGAAAGAUGAUCUGUGGAGUAUCCAGAACCUGGGUACCAAGCUGGCCUCCCAAAUGCGCAAGCUCACCAGUAACCUGCGGAUAGGUUUCGGGGCCUUUGUGGACAAGCCUGUGUCACCAUACAUGUAUAUCUCCCCACCAGAAGCCCUCAAAAACCCCUGUUAUGACAUGAAGAAUGCCUGUUUGCCUAUGUUUGGCUACAAACACGUGUUGACACUAACAGACCAGGUAACCUGCUUCAAUGAGGAAGUGAAGAAGCAGAGUGUGUCACGGAACCGAGAUGCCCCAGAGGGUGGCUUUGAUGCCAUCAUGCAGGCUACAGUUUGUGAUGAAAAAAUUGGCUGGAGGAAUGAUGCAUCCCAUUUGCUAGUUUUUACCACUGAUGCCAAGACCCACAUAGCACUGGAUGGAAGGCUGGCAGGCAUCGUCCAGCCCAAUGAUGGGCAGUGUCAUGUUGGCACUGACAACCAUUACUCUGCCUCCACUACCAUGGAUUAUCCCUGUCUGGGGCUGAUGACUGAGAAACUAUCUGAGAAAAACAUCAAUUUGAUCUUUGCAGUGACUGAAAAUGUAGUCAAUCUCUACCAGAACUAUAGUGAGCUCAUCCCAGGGACCACAGUGGGGGUUCUGUCCACUGAUUCGAGCAAUGUCCUCCAGCUCAUUGUGGAUGCUUACGGGAAAAUCUGCUCUAAAGUAGAGCUGGAAGUGCGUGACCUCCCUGAGGAGUUGUCUCUAUCCUUCAAUGCCACCUGCCUCAACAAUGAGGUCAUCCCAGGCCUCAAGUCUUGUGUGGGACUCAAGAUUGGAGAUACGGUGAGCUUCAGCAUUGAGGCCAAGGUUCGAGGCUGCCCCCAGGAGAAGGAGAAGUCCUUCACCAUCAAACCUGUGGGCUUCAAGGACAGCCUCACCGUCCAGGUCACCUUCGAUUGCGACUGCACCUGCCAGGCCCAAGCCGAGCCUUACAGCCACCGCUGCAACAAUGGCAAUGGGACCUUCGAGUGUGGGGUGUGCCGCUGUGGGCCUGGUUGGCUGGGGUCCCAUUGCGAGUGCUCGGAAGAGGACUACCGCCCUUCUCAGCAGGAUGAGUGCAGCCCCAAGGAGGGACAGCCCAUCUGCAGCCAGAGGGGCGAGUGCCUCUGUGGCCAGUGUGUCUGUCACAGCAGUGACUUUGGCAAGAUCACCGGCAAGUACUGUGAAUGCGAUGAUUUCUCCUGUGUCCGCUACAAGGGGGAGAUGUGCUCAGGGCAUGGCCAGUGCAGCUGUGGGGACUGCCUGUGUGACUCCGACUGGACUGGCUACUACUGCAAUUGCACCAUGCGUACCGACACCUGCAUGUCCAGCAAUGGGCUUCUGUGCAGCGGCCGGGGCAAGUGUGAAUGUGGCAGCUGCAUCUGCAUCCAGCCAGGCUCCUAUGGGGACACUUGUGAGAAAUGUCCCACUUGCCCGGAUGCCUGCACCUUUAAAAAGGAAUGUGUGGAGUGUAAGAAGUUUGACCAGGGAAUCCUACAGGAGGAAAAUACCUGCACCCGUUACUGUCGCAAUGAGAUUGAGUCUGUGAAAGAGCUUAAGGACACUGGCAAGGAUGCAGUCAACUGUACCUAUAAGAAUGAGGACGAUUGCGUCGUCAGAUUCCAGUACUAUGAAGACUCUAGUGGAAAGUCCAUCCUGUAUGUGGUAGAAGAGCCAGAGUGUCCCAAGGGUCCGGACAUCCUUGUGGUCCUGCUGUCAGUGAUGGGGGCUAUUCUGCUCAUCGGCCUUGCUACUCUGCUCAUCUGGAAGCUUCUCAUCACCAUCCACGACCGGAAAGAGUUUGCUAAAUUUGAGGAAGAACGAGCCAGAGCAAAAUGGGACACAGCCAACAACCCGCUGUAUAAAGAGGCCACGUCUACCUUCACCAAUAUCACCUAUGGGGCACUUAAUGACAAGACGUCACCAUCAGAUCAUUUUCAGACUAUGCCAGGAUUGUGGGUGUCUCUGCCAUCAUGUUUACAGAGGACAGUAUUUGUGGGGUGGGAUUUGGGGCUUGGAGUGGGGUGGGCUGGGAGAAUGUCAGUAUUUGUGUGUGUGUGUGUGUGUUACACGUGGGAAAAUGUUUAAUUUAAAAUGUGUGAUGUGUUCCCAGAGCACAGCUCCUCGGCCUUUGUUCUCAGAUGCCUCCUGCAGGGAUGUGUCCUGCUUAGCUUGAGGGUAAUGUGGAGCUGAGCAGGUGUUCUUCUUUACCUCAGUGAGAAGCCAGCUCUCCUUAGUAGGCCAUUCUCCCUAAAGAAAAGGGCAGGGCUGGGGCUUCUCAUUUCAGAGAAAGGGAUGCUAAGCCCUGGCUCUGUCCUGAGUUUGUAAUUUUAUGGCAUUAGGUCUGACUCUCAGGAACUGCUGGGCCAUGCAGCCCGGUUUUGUCACCUGUGUCUCUGUGUCCUUACAUUUCCCUCAGGCUGAAGGGAGAGUCAGGGGAGAGCUUCCUGUGCCUUCUGCCACCACCUGGAUCAGCUGUGGUUCUCUUGAAAGGGAAGUCCUUGCCACCUAAUAUACAUUGACCUGAUGAGAGUGAGGAAGGCAGGGCCACUCAGGGUCCUGCAUGGCAUGGGGGAUGUGCCAGCUUUCCCCAGUUCAUACUCACGACCCUUUAGAUUUGCCUCUCUGGCAACUCUACCCCGGAGGUUUGUUCAGAAGUGUCAUCCUUAGACCAGCACCUUCUCUUUUCCUCCCAUUUCCACACCCUUGCUGUUGCAGAUAUUUGCUAUGUACUGGAGACUUCUCUCAUGACCAAUGGCGGGUGCUAUGGUGAGCACCAGAGGUCCUCCCCUUCAGACCUCUGCUCCACGUCCGAGGCACCUCCACAACCUAAGCCCGGGCCUCUGUGUGCUACAUCCACCCACAGGGGUGGCUGCAUUUACCUACCUCAUGGGUGUCUUGUGAAGGAGUCAUUCCCAUGAGUCUGUUGAACCUAAGUGCCAGGAUGGCAUGAUGGGCCAAUUGUAUCAGCAUGUGUGGCCUCUAUUCCUACAGGAAGGAGAGCCUCAUUUUAACUCAGUCUUUAAUCUGAGAGGCCACAAGUGCAAUCUUAUUUUAUUUUGUUCGUGGGAGUACCUGAAACCAUGAUGAGGUUUGCUUACUCUAAAGGGACAUGUAUAUAAACAUACUUACUUUAUAUUUGUAAUUUUAUUUGAUGACAAAGAAGGAAAGUAUAAAAAGCCAUGCAGACAUGAGUGGGAAGCAGACACACCCAUUUGGCGUCAUUCAUAGGAAUUUGCUGCCCAGUCGCUGGUCUAUAAGGGGUCCUCAAUUCUUGGGAGCCUGUGGGAAUAGAUGUAUGGACACGCUGGACCUUUCCUGAGGGAGAAGGACUGUUCUUUCGUCCCAGCAAAAGCAGUUGCUCCAUUGGUGUUGACUUUUAUCCCACAUUAAAAACUGGUCUUAGCACCCUAGAAAAGGGUAAAGAUUUAUAAGCAGAAAAUCUGUAUUCAGUGCCGCAGCUAAGAAAUCUUUAAUGCUAAUUAGGGCAAGCCACUUUCUUCUCCCCAGGACUCAGUUCUCUAGUAGUAAAAAGUAUGGAUUUGGACAAGCCUACCAUGAAGGCCCAAUUCAACAUUCUGAGAUGCCAGAAUCUUAAUGGUAUUAAACAUGAAGUCAAGAUGGGGGUGGGAUGGGACUGGGGUGCAGUUCAGUGGUAGAGCCCUUGUCUAGCAUGUGUGAGACCCUGGAUUUGAAUCCAAGCACAGCAAAACAAACAAACAAACAAACAACAACAACAGCAUCAAAACUGAGGGAUUUUGCUAGAGUUUGCUUUUUAGUUGGAAGAUCUGAGAGCCCUGGCUUUGGAAAGAGCAGAUGUUAAUCCCUAUCAUUCUUCUCAAUGAGAAUCUCAUCCUCAUCCUAUCUUAUCUCAGAACCCUUUCUCCAACUUUUGUUAGCAGGUAUGUCUCCUGAUGUAGCACUUAAGUUUCACUUAGUUAUUAUUUCUUAGUUAUUUUGCAUAUCAAUAAGAAGUAGCUGAUCCAGAUGUUAACACUGAGAAAUUACAAAUGAGGCUGAUGACUGAGCCCUUUCUCACUGGUAGAUUACCCUCACAGUAAGAGAUGGGAAUACGUAGAGGGACAAAUAUGGGAAGGAGAAGGAUGAUCACAAAUCCAAGAAGUUCUGAAGUUAAUUGUGCUAACCUUUGGCUAUCAAGACAGAUUUUAUGAGAGUAAUAGUGGGACAUUUUCCUUAGAUAGGAUGGUUUACAUGAAGAAACCCUGUGGAAGGAGGAAGGCAGUGUAUCCCAAGGAUGAAAAAUAUUGUGAACUCUUGUGUGAGCUUCUGGGACAAGGCUUGUAGGCCUUGAAGACCAGUGUUGCUUAUUUGCCAGAUGGAGACUAGAGGUUAGUUUUGGCAUCGAGUGAACAUCUAAAUAGUAUUCUGGCAUCAGACAAUAUAGUGCAAAGGGGUUGUACCCAGCUCUUUUGGGGGUAAUUUUUUGCCCAGUCUCAGGGUCUGUGGACAAGAGUUGGAAAACUGAACAUUCCUGACAAGUUGCUGUAUCAGGAGUCAGUUCUUUGCCUCUCAGUCAUUCCUAGACUGUCCAGACACUUCUGUUUGUUAAGUUUCCUGAAAUUACUUAAGUGCCUUCCUGACUUCCUCACCACCUCCUCUGAGUUGUGCAACAGUGAAUUAAAUGUGUUUUCCAAAAAGAA